GACCCCGCCUGCUCUGGCCAAUACGGUCCGCCCCGGACUCGGUGUGAGCGGGUAACAGCAGUAUUUAUGUGUGUUUCGGCAUCUCUUUCAUCAGUGACUGUCAUCCCGCAGAAGUCACCGCGCAGGGCGGUAUGAUGUAGAUCCUAUUUGCGCUCGAAGACUUGUUCGCAGGUGCAAAGCGAUUGUCGGCGCGCGGACUAACUGGCAGCACCCACGACCAACGAGAAGCCGACCGGGAGCCGAAGGAACCUCGGGAACAUCACCGGAGCUUUUGUCAAGACAAACAAGUGCUUUGUAUUCGCCGCGGAGCUCGAGCGCGCAGGGCCGGGAUCGAUGGGACUGGAAUGUGGCUGUUUCGCCGGAGAUUAGACUGUCGGACGAGCGAAGCCGAAGCACGGGACCGGGAUCUGGGAGAAGCGGGAUGCUGAACCGCGGUCAGGGUGAGCGCGCACCGCCAAGCCACGUCUGGACGCUUUGUUCGGAAUAACACGAUCGCCAGAGACGUCGGUUCGUACACGCCGACGCUGUCAUUUGUGCAAAACGCUUCCUCAGGUUGAGAUGAUGAUGCUACAGCAACACUUUGAAGAGCCCCACUAGCUAGAACGCUUCUGAUUGGCUCCUCGUCUGUUGCUAUGGAGGGGGAGGCUGCCUUUCUAUUGGUUAAUACUGCCUGGCCAGGAGCUGGUAGAUUGAUGUGGACGCGAGGUGUACCCUGAUUUCCCAGCCCCUCCCCCUUCCCUCAGUCACCCCCUCCCUACAACCUGGUCACUCCAUCCAGCACACUGAGGUCACCAUGACGUCCACCUUGCAGACCCUAGCCUCUAAGCUGGCCCCUCCCUCAAAGGAAGCCGGACCCGAGCAGUUGGAAACUUGUAACGACGGCGUUGGGCGCCGUUAUGAGGUGGUCCCCUCAGUGGUCUGCUCUAUGUGCUGUCUCUUUGGAAUCAUCUAUUGCUUCUUUGGUUACCGCUGUUUUAAGGCUGUACUCUUCCUCACGGGGCUCAUGUUCGGUUCUGUAAUCAUCUUCCUGCUCUGUUACAAGGAGCGAGUACUGGACACGCAGCUGAGCGUGGAGGCCAGCGUGGGCAUCGGCCUGGGCAUCGGCACCCUGUGCGGCCUGGUGACCAUGCUGGUGCGCAGCGUUGGGCUCUUCAUGGUGGGGCUGCUCCUGGGCCUGCUGGUGGGCAUCGGGACCCUGAUAGGGAUGGAGGAGCUGUCGUCCAACCCCCCGCGGUCGGUAUGGGUGCCCCUGGGCGUCCUGCUGGGGCUGGGCAUGCUGUUCGCCGUCCUCACCCUGCAGUGGCAGAGAUGCUUCACCACCCUCUCCACGGCCGUGUUUGGGGCUGCGGUGAUAGUUGUGGCUACGGAUUAUUUUGUGGAGCUCUUCGCGCUGGUGAGGUACAUUUACGAGCGGGUGAAAACGGGCCCCCCGGAGCCGGUGUGCUGGACGACGUGGGUGGUCCUGGGAGCCUGGCCUGCUCUCGCCCUGCUGGGUGUUUUGGUGCAGUGGAGAGUGACGGCAGAGGGCUACUCCCACACGAAGGUGAUGAUCAGUCGCCAGCAGCGGCGGGUUCAGCUCAUGCGUAUACGUCAGAAGGAGGAGAGGAGGGAGAGCAGCAGGAAGAAAAAGAGGAAGCAGCCGCAGAACGCACACCACACACAUGCUGCCAAAGCCCUGCACCCAGAGCCCGCCUACCGCAGGAAACCCAACCCUAUACGACGCUUUGAUGGAGACGUGCUUUCUCCUAGCUAUAUCCAGAGUUUUCGGGAGAGGCAGGUGGAUGGGCGCGCUUAUCCAGCGGGAGGGCUGAUGACUGCGGGUCACACAAGUGUGGAUAUGGACUAUGACUGUGGAUCCAGGGUCCCUCUCACUUCCGGGGUCGGACCACACGUUCGGGUCUGACCGCACACACUUCUUCACAAACCCGGCCCCCAUCCCCUUACACACACUUCAUCCGGUGCUGACCUGACCCCGGGUCCCGCAUGCACAGAGGCUUGGGUCUCCUCACCAUUCAGAACUAAACAAUGAAAGCACUUCUAACUAUAACACCGGACGCAUCAUUCAGAGACCACGGUUGCAUUAAAGAGCUGCUUUCACAAACACGGUUACACUAACACACUUUACCCGAACAUGUGCCUAAGAUGUGGCAUUCUGUUCAACUAAUAAGAAAACCAUUAUGAGGUGGUAAAAAAAAAUAAUAUAUCUGGGCUCCAUUCUGUCAAAUUAUUUUGAAAGAAAAAAAAAAAAAGUCUGUGGUGAAUUAGUGUGUUACCCGUUCAUCAAUGUUUCACGAUAUUGCGUUUCCGUUUGUGACAAAUUCAUCGGUUGGUGCUGAAUCUCGUCUUUGUACUACAACGCUGACUUCGUUUUGAAGUCAGCCGUUCCUCCUCUCAUAGUAAAGUCCGUGGAUUCCACCAGUCAGUGUCUGUACUGUGAGGUCCCGCAUUCUGGCCCAGGACUGUACCAAAUACCGUCGAGCAGGGGUGCCUUCGAGACACCACUAAGAAACUCUCUCAGGAGAAUCCAACUCCUUAGCCUUGUUUCAGAAAGGCUGUAGGGCAAAGAGCCAUAUUACUGCUGAUCAGAGCCACCUGGUCCACUCUGGGAUGCAGAUCUGAACGCCUGGUGAUGAAAAGAAAGAGGACAAGAUGGAGGAAAUGAGCUAAGAUGAUACUCAGGGACAGCGUGAAUGUUUUGGAGCACGGGGGUGGGGGGAGAACUAUAAAGUACACGGACACAGAAUAAUGAUGCAAAAACUAUAGAUUUGGCCCCUCGGAAGAGAGCGCAGCGGAUGCCACCAUGAGCGUUCAGUUACUGCUGUGUAUAAAAGUAGUUUGCAAGUGAACCUAUAGGGUGUCCAGGAAGACAUGAUGGUCGAGGAACAAACGUCCUUCUUAAAAGAUCCCCGCUGUCACUUUGGGGCAAACUGCAUGACAUAAACACCCCCAUUUUCCUUUCCACAAUGCGUUUUCAGGCCCAUCUUCAUACGGACAAUUGAAAUGAGCGAUUUCUGCCAUGGCGUCUCUCUUCUUCUUCUUUUUUCCUUUUUUUUUUUUUUUUUUUUUUUUUUUUAAUUCUGCAAAGCAGAAAAUCUAUGUUAUGUACAUAAAAUGCACAUUUAGUAUAUUCAUUUCAACAUGGCCUCUCAUAUUUAUUAGAUAUUGGUUUAUUUCUAAUUCAUUGUUUUCCGAGGGAUCCCGAGUCCCUACAGGUGAAUGGAUGGUGGUAUUUAUUAGUUUGUUUGUUUGGUUUUACAUGCAUAGUCAUGUUUUCUUUAUAACUUACCGUCUGAUAACAGAGUGUAGUCUUAAAGACAGAAAGUCUUCAUGCAAUGAAACCUUUGACAAUCUGACAUCAUUUUCUUUGGACACUGUACAACAGCAUGUGUUUGUAUGGGCCUGGUUAUUAUGGUAAACUUUGUGAAUUCA